UCAACAGCUACAGGCUGCGGCUGUUGUUGUUGUUGUUGUUGUUGUGAGAGGAAAAUGAGGACAGCGUGAGGAUCGGUGCUUCCGGGUCGGCCGGAAGCGAGCGCAGGCUUUCCGGGCAGAGUCAAGGACAUGGAGACUGACUUUGAUGAGAAGCACGAUGAACAUUUAGUAUUGCUUCAGCAGAGAAACAGGCUCUUGAGACAUCUUCAGAGGAAAGACCCUGUACAGAUCAAGCUGGAGCAGUUGGAACAAGGCUUCACUUUAUAUGUGAAUGGAGCCAAUUCAGAACCAGGCCGCAAGAAGGUCAGCUUUCAGAAGACUUUCAGAAGUGGCACACGAACAGCGAGGGCAUAUGAUACUGGCCCAAGAGUCCUAUUGAGAGAAGGUAUGCAAGUGAGGAGCACACGGAGUGCCCCAAGUAAAAACCAGCGCAGAGAAUGGCUCCAGAAAGCUGUACAGAUCAAAACAGAAAAUGGAUCUAAGCUCUACGUUGCUCCUCCUACAGAGUACUCUGAUGAUUUUGAACCUUACGAGAGCCUUAACCUGGAGACAAGUGAUUGUGAGCAAAAUGGCCCCUCCCAGGAACUCCAACAGAGCUUGGAAUUGGAUGUAAGCCAGAACAGGAUGGAGAAAGAUUGGGUGGCUGCUGCCCCUCAUGAAUUAUCUGGUGAGGAGGACUCUGAGACUGUGGAAGAGGAGGUGUCUGCUCAACCCUUGGAAGAGUCACUUGAAGUUUCCCAAGAGAGCCCCAAGUCCUUUCUCCAGGCUAUAGCCACCUUUCCAGUGGCUGGAAGAUACAGCAGCUUGGCUGCUGAAUCUCAUAAUGUGCUGGAAUCCAGCACAAGCUUGAAGAAGGAGCAAGUUCUUUCUGCAAAAACAAGGGAGAAUGCUGAAACCUGCAUCCUGACCAAGCCUGUGAUGGUCAAAAGUCAAAACAUUUGUCCGCCCUCUGGUGGGUGUUUGCACCAGGAAGAACAGAAAACAACCCCCUCCAGACUAGUAAGACAAACAGAAAAUCCACUCUCUGCAAUUCAAAAGAAUGCAUGCAAGAAGAAGGACCCUGCGCACUCUACCUCCUUUGUCCUGAAAGCCAUGCAAGCAGAAAAUGAAACUCUUCAGAAGGAGAUCCUCUGCAGGCACCAGGAGGCUUCAGUGGGCUCCCAGUGUGCUGAGCUGCAGCAACCAAUCUCUGCAGAGUUGCUGUCACCAUCUGCUUCUGCAGCCACCAAGACUCCCCCAAAGCAACUGGAAGGAAGAGUAAUCUCCACAGCCAUCAACAGGAUUGGCCUCUUGGAAAACAGGCCACAGAAGAAGCUUUUGAAAGUGCUGCAAGAGAUCGAGAGGCCAUCGGCCUGCCAUGACCCUGCAGUUCUAGGUUCUGUCCAGCCACAGCCUCAACUUCUGGACCAAAUGGAAUUGGGACGAGACGUCCAGGAUGCCAUUUAUGUCACCCUGGAGAUCCUCUCCAACUGGGGGAAUUCACAGAGGGUGGGCCUGACAGAAGUGGAAUUCUUUGACCUGCAUAAUGGGAAAGUAUUUGUCUCUCCUCAUGAUGUGGACAUCAGACAUGCUGACUCACCCAGAGACCUCUGCUGUUUGGUCAACAGGGACCUGCACGUUAGCAAAGAACAUAGUCCUUGGACAUGCCGUUUCCAGCCACCGGUGCAGCUGUAUUUUGUGCUCCGAAAUCCCAGCCUAUCAGGUGACUUUGGGAUAUCCAGGAUCAGGAUUUGGAAUUAUUACACACCUCUUCUUGGCGAUCUCAAUAUAGGAGCAAGAAAUGUAACUGUCUAUGUUGACGGAACCCUGGUCUUUGCUGGAGAAUUGCAAAAAAGCUGUGGCAAUACUGAUACUGAUGACAGUACUACUAUUGACCUCCAGAAGAGCAGCAUCCUUUCUCCUAAAGAAAGGGAAGGAAGGGUUUGGAACCAGGAGCCAGGCAAGCUGUUGUUAAAUCUGAACUCUUCUGCAGAAGAAAAUUGCCCCAAAGAAAAGGUGACCCCCAUCGGUCUUGUUAAGGCAGAAGAGCGCUCCCACAUGCCAUCAGACUCCAUUUCCUUGGAAAAUUUUAAGAGUCCUUCCUCUCCAGAGAUCCCAGAGCCUGUCCAUUGUGAGGAUGAAUUUUCUCUGAGCGAACAAAUGGACAAACUCUCAGGCAGAAAAAUGACUCAAAUUCUGCCCUCUUCUUAUGCAAGCGAAAAGAGCAAAGCAAGCACUGUUACGGAAAAGCUGCCUUUGUGGUUUGAAUCAGCUUCCCCUUUGGACCUCAGAGUCCAACUGUCCUCUGGGAACAUGAAGAGGGUUUCUCUAGAAACAACAGGUGAGAACUCGCACCUCUAUCUAGCUGAGUUUGAGAGAGGCUGCGGUGGGGCUGCAGGUGCUGAUGUGAAGCCACCAACAAUAGCUAGAAGGGAGUCCGCUGCGGACUUGGACUUUCUAAAUCUGCUGUCCUGCAAGUUUGGUGGCAUACCUGAGCAUGUCCCUCUAGGGAGAAAUAGAGGAAAGGAAGAAUUCAGCAAUGACUCUUGUGGAGAUGAAGCUCUCUGUGACAAAGGUGAUGAGCCUCUGUCUGCCAAGGGCCCAAGGCCUUCUCGAGCCAAGUGGGGCAGUGCCCAGGAGCAUGCUCUGCAGGAGUCAUGGAAUUCUCUCCAGAAGUUCAAUCAUUCUCACCGCGGUCGAAUCUCCAACAUGGAUUUCCAAGGGGAUAUUUUUGAUGAAUUUCUCCAUCAGCAGAAAAUCAGCCGGCAAGGAGAUCAGCCAUUUAAGAUAAAAGAUCCUGGUUCCCUAGUGCUGCCAAAAGGGCAGGAAGGACAAAUUUGCCUGGAGCUAGAGGAUGGGAAUGAUUUUAAAAUCCCAGUCUUGCCUUAUGGGCAGUAUUUGAAAAUAGACAUCAGGUCUACCUGGGGAGACCGGCACUAUGUUGGUCUUAACGGGAUCGAACUGUUUAGCUCUGAAGGCGAACCUAUUCAGAUUGCCAAAAUCAAAGCCAACCCACCUGAUAUCAACAUUUUACCAGCCUAUGGCAAAGACCCCAGAGUGGUGGCCAAUUUACUGGAUGGGGUGAAUAGGACCCAAGAUGACAUGCAUCUCUGGCUGGCUCCCUUCACCCUUGGGAAGUCCCACUCCAUCUCUUUGGAUUUUGUGAAGCCUUGUGCAGUGGCUAUGAUUCGGAUUUGGAAUUAUAACAAGUCUCGCAUCCACUCUUUCCGAGGUGUAAAGGAUAUCACCAUACUUCUGGAUGAGCAGUGUGUCUUCAAAGGCGAAAUUGCCAAGGCUUCCGGGGCACUCUCUGGAGCGCCAGAACAAUUUGGAGACACCAUUUUGUUCACAACUGAUGAUGAUAUUUUGGAAGCCAUAUUCUGUUAUGAUGAGUCCUACAAGGAGGAAGCCAAAAAUGUGUGCAGCCUGAGGUACGAGGAAGAGCUGAAGAGGCCGAGAACUGCCGAUGGGGAGGGGGAUGAAAGGCCCUUCACUCAAGCUGGAUCAAGGACCAAAGAUCAACAGAGCCAAGAGCAAGCCACUGUGCCUGAUUCCAUCCCAGAGACGGUAACCAAGGAACCUGGCAUUUAUACUGGAAAGUGUCUUCAGCUGAACUUCACAGCUUCUUGGGGAGAUUCACAUUAUCUUGGACUAACAGGGCUUGAGGUGGUCAGUAAGGGUGGACAAGCUCUACCGUUGUCUUUGGACCAGAUCUUCGCCUCUCCUCAGGAUCUGAAUGACCUUGCAGAAUACACUGAUGAUUCUAGGACCUUAGACAAACUAAUAGAUGGGACCAACAUCACAAUGGAAGACAACCACAUGUGGCUUAUUCCAUUCAGCCCUGGAGAAGAUCACAGACUUAUCAUCCAGUUUGCUGAAGCAGAAAAUAUUGCAGGACUUCGCAUCUGGAACUAUAAUAAAUCUCCAGAGGAUACAUAUCGAGGGGCCAAAGUGGUCCAUGUGUCGCUGGAUGGCUGCCACAUUUCCCCCCCGGAAGGCUUCCUCAUCCGCAAAGGGCCUGGCAACUGUCACUUUGAUUUUGCUCAAGAAAUCCUUUUUGUGGACUACCUGAAGGGCCUACCAGUUGCUCCAGCAUGUGAGAGAACGGAAAUUAAGAAGACGGAACAGGCUAGCAUGGACUAUGAAGCUCCCUUAAUGCCUUCUGGUUUCAUCUUCCAGUUCCAGCUUCUAACAAGCUGGGGUGAUCCAUAUUACAUCGGCUUGAAUGGACUGGAGCUGUAUAAUGAAUGUGGAGAGAAGAUUUUGCUCAAUGAGAACAACAUUGCAGCUUUCCCAGACAGCGUUAACAUUUUAGAUGGUGUCUGUGGAGAUAUCCGUACCCCAGAAAAGCUCAUCGAUGGGGUGAAUGGCACAAACGACGGGAGGCACAUGUGGCUUGCGCCAAUUCUUCCUGGCUUGGUGAAUCGAGUGUAUGUCGUCUUUGAUCUGCCCACUACAGUAUCCAUGAUCAAGCUGUGGAAUUACGCAAAGACUCCACAAAGAGGAGUGAAAGAAUUUGGACUCCUUGUGGAUGACUUGCUUGUAUACAAUGGAAUCUUGGACAUGGUGAGUUACCUGGUCCAUGGCAUCCUCCCGACCUGCGAGCCCAUCAUCCCGUAUCACACCAUUCUCUUCACAGAUGAUGAGAAGAUCUACUGCCAAGAGAAGAACACCAUUAUCAGCAAUCACAUAGAAGAUCAGGACGUGCGGCUAAUGAAUGACAAUCAGGUCAUUGCCUACUCCAAGAAGAAACAGGCUGCUGCUGACCCAGCACUUCGUCCCAAAACCUGCAUGCGAGAGAAAGGAGUCCUACGCGGGACAAGGCAGUGACAGAAGGCAGACUUGGCCCAAACCUCACAGAUGCUACCCGCUCCCCUUCUGAGCUGACCUGCUGGUGCACAAUCCUUGGACCUAGCCUGCAUCUUCUGCCGGGCCCCAACCAAACUAUGGACAGAGCCUUUGCUAGCAUUCCUUCUGUGGUGUUAUUUUGGAUCCAGUGCUGAGGCAAGCAGAAGCACUUUGAUCAGCUGCAGA